GGCCUCUGCCGCUCGCAGGCUGUCGGGGGACACCGGGACUUCCCAACCUUCCAUCCUCGGAGAGGGAGGAGCCGCCAUGGACAGGACCUCGGUGGCCAAAAUGGGAGCGGUGGCCAGCGCCAGCGUGUGCGCCCUGGUGGGGGGAGUCGUCCUGGCCCAGUACAUCUUCACCGUGAAGAAGAAGACGGGCAGGAAGACCAAGAUCAUCGAGAUGAAAUCCAAAUUUGCCUGCUGCAUCCAUCAAAGCUGUUCAUUCAGUGAAGGUCAAAGGUUCUGUUGUUGGUGCACCAGCUGAUCGUCUGUAAGCUGUAUCGCUGAGCAUAACAAAGUGCUGUGCAUUGCUGAUGUGCGUCACAGGACCCUGGGUUUUUGCACAGGGAUUAGUCAGGCUGUAUUUGGAAACGCCCUCAACUGCACCUUGUGCUGCUAUAUUAGUGUUUCCCAAGCAAGAAGAAUUUUCUUUCACUCCUUCAGCUGCUCCGGCAAACCCCUCCGCCUGUAUGCAAGCCCUGCAUCUCUGGACGUUGCUUACCACCUAUGCUGUUGCAGUAGGACAAAAUCAAGGACAGAAGAAUCAAAAGUGCCCUAAGCUCAACGCACAGAUGCCAGAAUUUCAGAAGAAGACUGUCCAUAUCAAGGACCCAGGAAGAGUAGAAGAAAUCAUCUGUGGACUCAUCAAAGGUGGAGCUGCCAAACUUCAGAUCAUUACAGAUUUUGAUAUGACAUUGAGUAGAUUUUCUUACAAUGGAAAAAGAUGUCCAACAUGUCACAAUGUCAUUGAUAACUGUAAGCUCAUCACAGAAGAAUGUCGGAAAAAGUUAUUGCAGCUGAAAGAAACAUAUUAUGCUAUUGAAAUUGACCCUGAUCUUACCAUUGAAGAAAAAUAUCCUUACAUAGUUGAAUGGUACAAUAAAUCACAUACUUUACUUGUUGAACAAGGUUUACAGAAGGAUAAAUUUGCAGAAAUCGUGAGGGAAUCUGAUGUUAUGCUCAAGGAAGGAUAUGAGAACUUCUUUGAUAAGCUCAAUGAACAUAAUAUUCCUGUGUUCAUAUUUUCUGCUGGGAUUGGAGACAUUCUAGAGGAAGUCAUCCAUCAGGCUGGCGUCUACCAUUCUAAUGUCAAAGUAGUUUCCAAUUUCAUGGAUUUUGAUGAGAAUGGUGUGUUAAAGGGAUUUAAAGGAGAAUUGAUUCAUGUUUAUAACAAACAUGAUGGCGCUUUGAAGAACACAGAGUAUUUCAAACAGUUAAAAGACAACAGCAACAUCAUAUUGCUUGGAGAUUCACAGGGAGACUUAACUAUGGCAGAUGGAGUAGCAAAUGUUGAACACAUUCUUAAGAUUGGCUAUCUAAAUGAUAAAGUAGAAGAGCUUCUGGAAAAAUACAUGGACUCUUAUGAUAUUGUUUUGGUAAAAGAUGAAUCUUUGGAUGUGGCCAAUUCCAUCCUACAGAAAAUCCUGUAAAUUGCAUCCUCAAGUCACUCUACUUCUCCUAAUGGGACAACUGGACAGAAGAGCACAUUUGUGCUAUCUUAGAGAUGUGUUUAUUAUUCAUAGUUUUCUGAACUCUUGUAAUUCUUAAUUUUAAAAUGUUGAUCAUUUUGGUAUCUAAAAGUAAUAUACAGCGUCCAUUGUCAACUGGAAGCUUUACUGUUCUUAUGCCACCCCUCACUGUCUCACCUCUGCUCUGUUUUAACAGGUGUGAUUAACUUUACUGCUUAGAGGACAUUAGUUUGUUCUUUUAAUCAUGCAUAUGAGAAGGGUGUUUUAGAAACUGGAGUUAUUUUGUAACAUUUAAGAUGUAAAGAUUCUGUGAUUAGGUAAUGUGCAGCGGUCUGUGUUGCGUUUUGUACAGUCCCGAGUUCUCUCAUGCAGACAGCUAUUUUCAAGAAUCAUAGUUGCACUUGAGAGCAGUGGUUAUUUUAAUGUUUCACAGUACAAGUUUUCAUAAUUUUUUUUCCCUCCUGGUGAAAAUGAUACAACAUAAAGAUAUCAUGCUUCAGGCAAAAUGUUCCUAUAUAUGGACUCUAGUAUCACUUUACAUCAAAUCACUGAUUUAAAAAAAUUGCUAAAGUUUACUCUUAACUAAAUAGCACUGCCUUAUCAGUAACAGUUGGAAGUUAAAUGUUAGUCACCUGUAAAGUCUAUACUUGAUUGGCUUUGGGUGUUUUGUGCAGCAACUUUAGAGAAUAACUACCAAAAAAAUCUCCCAUGGAAGGCUGUAAAAUACAGUUUGCUCUUUUGGUUACCUUUUAACAUUUAUUUACCCUUCAGCCGUGCAGUGGGAGAAUUACACAGGUAGCUUGCUUUUCUGGUGUAAUCAGUACUACACUUGAGUCAAAGAAAACUACUCAGUACUGUGCGGAUAAUUUUAUAAACUAGCACAUCAACCCACUUUCAGGGCUUCAUUCUUUAUACUGCUCUAUACAUAGUAAACAACAUCCCAUAUUAUAACAGUGAUUCUAAAUACCUCUACAGUGACAAAUAGUGUACAUCUAUACCUUCUUUUAUCCUAUUAAUCAUCUCUUGUGAAUCUAAGUUUUAGUUUAAUUAGUGGUGCCAUUACAGUUCAUUAUGUAAAUCCUCCUUUCACAGGAUUAACCAUGCUGUUCACCUAUUGUCAAACUGGCAGCUAUGUAAGCCCAGUAACUGUAACACUUCAGUUGCUGCAUAUAUUCAACCCCAACAAUAAGUGAGUUGGCAGUCACUGUUUUUCCCCACCCACAAAGUGAAGGUGGUUCUUGAAGUGAGUGGCCAUACAGAUUCCACUUUUCAUGUGCAUGUGCCCCAUGCACAUAGGAUUGGAUUGUUUUGGCCAGCAGUGUCAGUGAGGCCACUCCUGAGGUGUCCUUGCAUCUGUCUGCACCCAGGAGUAAAGCAGAUCUAAAGCAGGCUCUGUUCUCUUACCACUGCUGCAUCUCUAGGGACUGUUAGUGUUAGUAAUGUUAAUUAGUUCAGGAGUGAGUUGCAGUCUUUAAAUUUGUUUGUGUCAAAUAACAAUCAGAUAUUUUGCUUAGAGGCUAGACAAGGACAAGGGAUCCAGUGGUAGGAUAGAAGCAAAACCUCCAGGGUUAAAAACCUGCUCCUUGUGUAACACUUCAGUGCCUGCUGACAGCUGGGCACUGAUAUUCCUGAGCAAUGUUCAAUAUGCUCUCUCUAAUCAAACAAAAAGCUAGAGCGGCUUGCCUAAAACUUUCUCUUACAAGCCUUCAGACAGCAAAAGGAUGUAGGUAGGCCUCAGUUAUCACAUCACUCUUUCCAGUGCGCCCCAGUGACUCAAAAAUCUACCCCAAGCGCACCCAUUCUGUCAACCAAGAGAUCCUAGAUGUUCACUUCAAUUCUGGCAUUGAUGACCCCUGAGAGGUGUACGAAGGAGCACAGCUUCACAGUCAGGUUCAGAUGUUGGUUACCCUUGUCAUGCCUAUGAAAUCCAAACACAAGAGUCACCCUGGCUCUGACACAACAGGCAAAGGGUAGCCAAUGGCCAGACUUAGAUCCUUUUGGUGCCUGUUAAACAUGCGUCUCUGGUACCCACUAAACUUAUGGACCACCCUUUCUUUUGAAUAUCUUGUUCACUAGCACAGUCCCUAUUGGCACAGCGCACAUACAGUGUGGAGCAAUUUCUAUGGGCCUAGUAGUAUAGAGACCUCAGUACUGACUCAUUUCCCUACUAGAGUGAACAUUAGAGCAUCCCAGCAUGCCUGAAAGCGUAGCCCCACCAUUGGAGGAGGUGUACUCUUUUUCAUCCUCCUUGUUGAUGUGCAGUAUGGACUCAUCUCCCCUCCAUUGGGAUCACACUGAGAAACACAAACUGCUCUCAAAAGGAGAAGGCAAGGAUUUUUUGAGAACAGGCCACCUCGUGUCCUCCAUUGUGUCCCACCAAUCUAUAUCCACAUGCUUAUCACCCUUUAAUGCUGCUGGUUAAGAUAUGCAAUACCAUAUCUGCAAGCCAGCAGCUACUGCCCCUCUGCCAGGACUAACUCCCCUUCUCCCAAGAGGCAAUAUAGAUCUUCCCAAGCAGGUCAACUAAAGCAGCCUCAGAUACUAGAGACAAAGAUCAGACAGACAAGGGAGAACAACUCAUCUCACCUGCAAUUUCCUCAUCCCUGGCUGAGGCAGUGAACCCCUCACCAUCUUCUCCAGUCGACUUAUUUAUUUAAGGGGCUCCAAGAUAUUAAAAUGCAUGGCAGAAGCUUGACCUACUUUUGGGAGAGGUACAAGAAACCACAAAUUGUUGGAUGUUCUGCACCCUUGCAAUAAAACACACUUACUGUAAGGUAAGUAACCAUUCUUUCCUUGAGUACAUGCUAAAUGAGGGAUUCAAAAAUAUUUCCAUAAGGAGGGCUGCAUGUUAAUAAUAAAUUGACACUUUCCUUCUAUGAUCACUUACUCUUGGGAGAAUUCUACAGCAAAAACUAAAAAUUCUGCACACUAUUUUCAAAUUCUGCAAAAUACUGCAUAUUUUAUUUGUCAAAAUAACACAAUAUAAUCACACCUGCUUCAAUUAUUUUGGUAAUUUAUUUCAAUAUACCUGUCAGCAUAUGUGUCUGUAAUGAUACAGAAAACAAAAGAUUCAGAAAAUGGUUUUUGGCAAAUAGAUUCCUUACUAGGCAUAUUAGUACAGUACUUCAAUAAUUCAUUUAAACUACAAUACAGACACAUGCUUCCCCCUCAGAAGCAAUGAAAAGGCUUGGUGGAGUCAGGGGUACCAGAGGAGCUGAGGGAGAGGGAAGUAAUUGCUGGGGAGAAGCCUGCAUGUGAACCUGAAGAAUUGUUGGGUAUGGGUAGGAGAAAAAUGGAACAGGAUUUUUUUGGGGGGGCAGGGGAAGAUUGUUGGGGAGCCUCUCCCAUGGAGACUCUGGCUGACCCCAGCCUCUCAGGCACAUCUGCUCCUGUCCCUAUAUGUCUCUGCACCCCCCCCCCUCAGUCAUCCCCAUCUCCAUUUGGCCCUGCAUCCUCACUCAGCCACCCCCUCUUCUCCCUGCGGCUCUGUACCCCCACUCCCAUUUGACCCCCAUCCCAGUGUGUCUCCCCCCCCAACAGCCCUACGUGCCCCAUGCUGUCCAAUUCCCUCCAUAUCCCUUGCUGCCUCCCCUGGAGUCAUGCGCAGGCACUGUGAGGAACACAGCCUCUUCCUCUCCCCAGCUAGCUGCUCCUGACCAGAGGUGGCUGCCUGCUGUUCUGGCAGCACAGCAGUCCCUGGUGAGUGAAAGGCAUAACUGUAUCAUUUCUCCAGCAGAAAGUAUAUUCUGAGAAAAAAAAAUCUGCUGGGGACAUGAAUUCUGCACGUAUGCGUGGUGCAGACUUCCCCUCAGGAGUAAUUUCUUAACAUUGCUGUGGCACCCACAAAUCUCACACAUGUAUUUUUUGCUUUUUGGGGGAAAAAAAUUACUAUCUACUUCCAUUUUCCUUUUCCAAGUUAUUCUGUUGGCUAGAAACAAGAACCAGCAUUGUAUGACCAGCCAACUGUCCACAGACUACUUAUCUCCAGAGCCCUGUCAGGUGCUGAAAUGCUUCAUUUAAAAAAAAACUGAGCCUAUAAUUUAAACAGCAAUAUUUUAAAAAUUAGUUUAGUUCUUAUAACUUAGAUAGCUGCAUGGUUUAUUUAUUCAAGUUUCAGGGGAAGAGUUUAUUCAUGCUCCAAAUUCCUAAACUAAAUUUUCAUGCAAAACCAGUAUUUCCCCUUUUCUCCCCCUUCGGAGGUACAUUUAGAAUGCUGCUGCUGAUUCAGCCUGAAUUAGAAAGUUGCAUGAACACCUAAUUGAGGACACUAAAUAAGAGUGGUUAUACUGUAAGUGAGUUUAAACUCAGUGAGACAUUGCCAUGGGGCUGACUAUGAAUACAACACAAGAUUGCUUCUUAGUAGGUGAGGGGCUCAGAUCUCCAUUUACUAUGGUUAAAAUGACAACUUGUCUUUUUGAUGGAACGGUUACAAAAAUCUGGAUAUCUGUACAAACUCAUCUGGUCCUGCUCCCUACUUGGCAUCUAGAUUUGCAGAGCAGUUUUACCAUUCUCAUUUAACUGGAAUUUUCAAGACCAACUGCAGAGGAAAUGUGUAGAAUGAUUCUUAAAGGUUACUCACCAACUUCUUAAGCUGUGCUCAUUGUACAUUCAGACUAGCUCCCUGCCUUCCCCUCUUCCUCAGGGUUCUAGCACUGUGCGACUGGAUGAGUUGUUUGGGUGUGCAAAAUUGUCUCAAUUUUCAGUGCCACAAAAAGGGAUGCCCAAUGGGCCCUGAUUCCUUGAAAGUUGCUCUGUAGCUCCUGUGUACCAAAGGCAUCUUUUGUGAAACAUACAAAACCAGUAUAUUUGAACUACAGUUACAAUUAGCUAUCUUUGUAUUCUGAAACAGAACAGAGGCGGAAACUCUAUGCAACAUCAGGAACUAAACCUGCCACAAAAACACUGCUUUGCUGAGAUGCUAAUGAUUCUGAAGGGCCAUUUGUAUGACAUUCCAACUUAAUAUCUAGGAUCUUCUACCAGGCAUUAAAGGGCUAAAAUUAGUCCAUAUCUAAGUAGUCAGGAUUUCCUUGAAGCAGCAUUUUAACUAGGGUCCUAGCACUAAAAGGCAAAACCUCAGACAGACAAAGGUAGUCUGGCUUUCACUGGGCAUGGGGACAUUUAUAUAUAAACCCCACCCCUAUUAAUGUAAGUUAGAGGAACUGCGUUUAUUUUUCAGUACAAGCAAACUUCACAGCACAUUUUGAACAGCCACUGCUAAUGGUAAGAUGGUAUGAUUGCUUUAAGAAACUCCAUAUUAAUAAAGGCUUUUGGAAAGUCUGAAGUACAAAACAAAUGUUAUAGCUAAUCAGUUUGAAUUAUUUUACUUAACUACUCUCAGCCCAAAGAGGUGUUCUCAUAAGGGUUUUAGUUCCAAUAAUGAAACUGUACAUAGAUUCAGGAUAGCAAUCUUGCAUAUGGUGUGUGUAUAAGGUACUUGUUCUGAUCAAGCGAUAUUAAGCCCUCCACCCCUCAGCGGGGAAAAAAAAA